GAUAUCAAUGUUCUUGAUAGGUCACCAGUUUUUGAUGACAUUUUACAAGGUCGAGCCCCUAAAGUUAAGUUCAAGGUCAACAACCACACUUAUCGUAUGGCCUACUAUCUUACCGACGGAAUUUAUCCUAAUUGGGCAACAUUUAUCCAAUCCAUCAAACUCCCUCAAGGUCCUAAAGCAGAGUUAUUUGCUGAACGUCAAGAAUCCACCAGAAAAGAUGUCGAACGGGCUUUUGGAAUAUUGCAAUCGAGGUUUGCAAUUGUUAAAAACCCAGCUCUACUAUGGAACAAGGAGAAGAUAGGAAAGAUAAUGAGAACUUGUGUCAUAUUGCACAAUAUGAUAGUGGAGGACGAGCGACACGGAUACAUUCAAAUUGAUACAUCUGAGUUCGAGUCAGGAGAGUCUAGUCGAAGUUCGAAGGUGAAAAGUAGAGAAAGUGUCAAUGUCCCUAUGCUUACCAUUCGCAAUCAAAUUCGGGAUCCACAUUUACAUGAGCGUUUGAAAGCUGAUUUAGUUGAAAAUGUUUGGGAAAAAUAUGGCAAUCAUGAUGAAUAAUCUUUGUAUGUUCAUGAAUUCUCAAUGUAUUGAAUAAAAACUUUUAAGAAAUAUUAUAAAAAUUUAAUGAAUUGAAUAAAACCAAACUUUAUUCCAUUAUAUUGAAUAAUCACUUUUCAAAAUUUAAAAACCAAAUUUAUUUCCAUUAUAUUGAAUACAAUUCUCAUUAUAUUAAAUAUUCACUUUUCAAAAAAAAAAUUAACCUUUUUUGUCAAAUAAAAAAUAUUAUUUUAUUCUUAUAAACCCACUCUCAGGUUUAUUGAUGGAGAAGCAGCAUUGAUCCGGGUUCAUCACUAUUCAGGCUCCACCAUUAAAUUAAUAAACAAUACUUAUGAACCCCAAGAGGGGGUUCAUUGAUGUACAUGCUCUUAGGCAUAUAAUUUAACAAAUGCUGCGGCAAAUCCAUCUACAGUGUAGAGAUAUAGUCAACACUCAACAACCCUAUUUAUAUAAUAUAGAUAGAUACAAAGGGUCAUUUGCAAGUACCCUUUUACUUCGUAUCCAAAAAGAGUAUUGGAUCAUUUCCCCCUCAAAACAAAAUAAUUGUAGGAAAAAAAAAGAGUUAGGGUUCUUUUACUUCUGGAGAUUAGUUUACAAAGAUGAAGAAGAGGCAAGUGGUGAUAAAACAGAGAAAAAUCUCUUACACUACGACUACUUCUUCGAGCAACGUCCGUUACGUUGAGUGCCAGAAGAAUCACGCCGCUAAUAUAGGCGGCUACGCCGUUGACGGUUGCCGUGAGUUUAUGGCAAGAGGUGGCGAAGGAACCGACGAUGCUUUGACGUGCGCUGCUUGUGGAUGUCACCGGAAUUUUCAUCGGAGGGAAGUUGAAACGGAGGUUGUUUGCGAGUAUUCUCCUCCUAAUUGAAUCAUUAACGAAGAUGGGUACAUGGAAGAAAACCCAAGAAAGGUAUUGGUGAUUUAUAUUAAAAGAAAAAAAGAUUCUACUUCUAUUGAAUUAUAAUAUUAGAGAUGUAUUUAUCUAUGUAUAUGGUUAUUGAUGUAUAUUCAAAUACUUACAGUAACGCCAAUCUAUAUGAUUAAUGAUUCUUCAAUCUUGAUGUGA